AUGUUACCUGAGAAUUAUAUGAAUAAUCCCAAUCUGCAUGAUAUGUUACCUGAGAAUUAUAUGAAUAAUUCCAAUUGGCAUGAUAUGUUACCUGAGAAUCAUAUGAAUAAUCCUAAUCAGGAACGUCUUUACAAUAUUGAAGAUGUUGAUACUUAUGAUAAUGACAACAGCCUGGCCGAAUCUUCAAGGCAUACUCAAAAUUAUAAAGAAGAAUUGUUUCUUAAACGAGAAUGUGCUUGGAAUCCAAAAGAGUUUACAAAUGUCGCAGUAACAAAAAGGCUUCAUUUAGAUGAUAAUCCUGUUGAGAAUGGAAGGUGA